CCAUUGGCGAGCCUGGCGCCUGCGUCAGUGUUGCGCGCCCUCGGGCGGAGGCGGAGAAAGAACACAGCAGCUCGGAGCGGAAGUGCGGCUGAGCCGGUUUCCGGGACCGCUGGUGUGACGUGUCCCGAGCUUGGCGCAGCAGGAAGCGGCGGCGAUCGCGGCCUGAGUUCCCGGCGCCGGCCCCGGCUCCUUUCCCGCUGCCGCCAUGCUCGACUUCUUCACCAUUUUCUCCAAAGGCGGGCUUGUGCUCUGGUGCUUCCAGGGCGUGAGCGACUCAUGCACCGGGCCCGUUAAUGCGUUGAUUCGUUCUGUGCUGCUGCAGGAAAGGGGAGGUAACAACUCCUUCACCCAUGAGGCACUCACACUCAAGUACAAAUUGGACAACCAGUUUGAGCUGGUGUUUGUGGUUGGUUUUCAGAAGAUCCUAACGCUGACGUAUGUAGACAAAUUGAUAGAUGAUGUGCACCGGCUGUUUCGGGACAAGUACCGUACAGAGAUCCAACAGCAAAGUGCUUUAAGUCUAUUGAAUGGCACUUUUGAUUUCCAAAAUGACUUCCUGCGGCUCCUUCGUGAAGCAGAGGAGAGCAGUAAGAUCCGUGCUCCCACAACCAUGAAGAAAUUUGAAGAUUCUGAAAAGGCCAAGAAACCUGUGAGGUCCAUGAUUGAGACACGGGGUGAAAAACCCAAAGAAAAAGCAAAGAACAGCAAAAAAAACAAGGGGGCCAAGAAGGAGAGUUCUGAUGGCCCUUUGGUUACCAGCAAAGCUGUCCCUGCUGAAAAGUCGGGUCUCCUGGUGGGGCCUGAGAAUGGGGUAGAACUUUCCAAAGAAGAGCUGAUACGUAGGAAGCGAGAGGAAUUCAUUCAGAAGCAUGGGAGAGGUAUGGAGAAGUCCAGCAAGUCCAUGAAAUCAGAUGCUCCAAAGGAGAAGGGCAAAAAAGCACCCCGGGUGUGGGCUCUGGGUGGCUGUGCAAACAAGGAAGUCUUGGAUUAUAGCACCCCCACCACCAACGGAGCCCCUGAGGUUGCCCCACCUGAGGAUAUCAACUUGAUUCGAGGUACUGGGCCUGGGGGGCAGCUUCAGGAUCUGGACUGCAGCAGCUCAGAGGAUGAGGGGGCCACUCAAAACUCCACCAAACCUAGUGCUACCAAGGGAACUCUGGGUGGCAUGUUUGGGAUGCUGAAGGGCCUUGUGGGGUCCAAGAGCUUGAGUCGUGCAGACAUGGAAUCUGUGCUGGACAAGAUGCGUGAUCAUCUCAUUGCUAAGAAUGUGGCAGCAGACAUUGCAGUCCAGCUCUGUGAAUCUGUGGCCAACAAGUUGGAAGGGAAGGUGAUGGGGACAUUCAGCACGGUGACUUCCACAGUAAAGCAAGCCCUACAGGAGUCCCUGGUACAGAUUCUGCAGCCACAGCGUCGUGUUGACAUGCUGCGGGAUAUCAUGGAUGCCCAGCGUCAUCAGCGCCCUUACGUUGUCACCUUCUGCGGUGUUAAUGGAGUGGGGAAGUCUACUAAUCUUGCCAAGAUUUCUUUCUGGCUGUUAGAGAAUGGCUUCAGCGUCCUCAUUGCGGCCUGUGACACAUUUCGUGCCGGGGCCGUGGAGCAGCUGCGUACACACACCCGGCGUUUGAGUGCCCUACACCCCCCAGAGAAUCACGGUGGCCGCACUAUGGUGCAGUUGUUUGAAAAGGGCUAUGGCAAGGACGCUGCUGGAAUCGCCAUGGAAGCGAUUGCCUUUGCACGUAACCAAGGCUUUGAUGUGGUGCUGGUGGACACAGCUGGCCGCAUGCAAGACAAUGCCCCUCUGAUGACUGCCCUGGCUAAGCUCAUUACUGUCAACACACCCGACUUGGUGCUGUUUGUAGGGGAGGCCUUAGUAGGCAAUGAGGCCGUGGACCAGCUGGUCAAAUUCAACAGAGCCUUGGCUGACCAUUCUAUGGCUCAAACACCUCGGCUCAUUGAUGGCAUCGUCCUUACCAAAUUUGAUACCAUUGAUGACAAGGUGGGAGCUGCUAUUUCUAUGACCUACAUCACAAGCAAACCCAUCGUCUUUGUGGGCACUGGCCAGACCUACUGUGACCUACGCAGUCUCAACGCUAAGGCUGUGGUGGCUGCCCUCAUGAAGGCUUAAUGUGGCUCUUGCCUAAAACCAAAUCACUGCUUCCCCCAAAGCGCCCCCUGCAUCAAGAAUGUGCUUUAGAGUAUGUGAGCGACUUCUCUUCAGUGUAGUACAGAGGCAGGGUGAGGGGAGCUCCAGGGGCUGCAGCUCCCCUGCCCCACUCCCUGGCAGCCCAGCCUCCACCUGCAAGGAGGGCCUAAUCAUAUUACAGUCACUGCCCAUCACCCCCUUCCCUGAUAGCCCCCCUCCCCCCAGGCAUUCCCUUCACUCUGCCUACACACUCAGCCUCACUAUAGCUCUGGCCAGCGGUCGGCAGAGCCAACAUCAGAGCUUUGCUAAUUCGUACGGUCACAGGGAUGUCUGAGCACAACGAGCAGUCUGAAGUCCCAGCUCGAAUAGGUUAAGAAACUUCCAGAGCCAACUCUGGGUUCUCCCUUGGAUACAUAGCUUUCAGGUCCCUGGGGACCAAGAUGAUACCCACCACACUGUGGCAGAGUAUGGCCUGUUCUUAAUUGCUGCUAAUUCUGAUGAUGACCCCAUCCCCAUUGUUUCCUCAAAGCAUCAGCAGAGGCCAGAGUGAGUUGUUACAAAUGAACGAAAGGAGUUCCUGCUUCUCAAAAUUAAAGGGAGCUGAGCUGUAGUGCUGCACUGGGCUUCUCAGCCUUCCAACUCUUACCCGCUCCCAAACUCCAGAUGUAAGCUUUGCAUGUUCCCUUUCCUGGGAGAAAACCAACUGUCAGAAGGGUAGACGAGUUGCCCCUCUCCCCCACCCCACUCUCCACUUGAGCGGAUCCUGCCUUUUCCUCUUCUUUCUCUCUACAGUGCCUGGUAGACAAGUGCUACAUUGAAGAAUACAAACCUCUUGUUAAGACUUGUCCUGUAGCUUGGUAUUACAGAUGUGCUAUUAGUGCAAUAAGGUGAAGGCUGUCUGCCCAGAGAAAUACAUAAUUUAUAUAAGAAAAUAAAUUUCAUAAAUAAAUUGCC